GAACAAACAUAGAAUAUCUAAAAUUAAAAAAAAUAAUAAUAAUAAAAUAAAUUAAUAGUAAAUAUUGAUCAAUGCGCUUCAUUGUUUUAGUUAUCAAUAAAAAUAAUAAUAUUACAUCAGCGUCGUCGUCCUAUUCGAAUGGCAACGAAGAAUCCUAAGAGUGCGUUCAAAUCAUAGCGUUCUACUUUACCAAGCAGAAUCGCUAUUACAGUAGCCGUCAUGAGAAUCACUGCCCCGUUUAGGGCUCUUAUGAUAGCCCAUCUGUUUUAUUGUGUUGCACCGGCUGGAGAAGCUGAUUACACCCUGGACGAUUCAUUUUGGAAUGAAGAAAGUCCUGUCGGUGAAGUCGAACGCCUUCUAAAGGAGUACAGACAAAAUCAGGAAUUGGUGCGUCGUAUCGGCGGCCAUUAUUAUCAAAUCAUUUAUCCAGUACAGCUGCGGCAUCACGAAAAGAUGGGCAUAUCGACGAGAGAAGUUAGCCCACCAAAGGUACGAAACCUUAUACGAAAACGUAAUAUUUAUCAAAAUUACACAACGCCGGGUCAGCGUCCAGGACGACCCCACGACGAUGGUGGGUUUAGCAGAGGAAGGACAAAGAAACAUUUUCACCGAACCUCACUAUUAAUUAAGGCAUUUAAUCAUAAGUUUCGACUGGAUUUGGAGUUGAAUUCACAACUCCUAUCGCCAAAUAUCCAACAAAAACAUUAUCAUGUCGGGGGAUAUCUUGUGGAUGGUAAUAGACAUGAUAUCGAACAUUGUUAUUACCAUGGCACAGUUAAGGAUUAUCCAGGAGCCAGCGCUGCGUUUCAUACGUGUAAUGGCGUCAGCGGUGUUAUACACAUUGGCAACGAAACAUUCGUAAUACAUCCCUUCUAUGGAGGAGAUCUUUCGAAGCAUCCACAUGUGAUAUUUGAGGCACGAACUAAAGCCAAUAAAGGAUGCGCUAAUUCUGGGAAUCUAGAUUCGUGGCGUUCACGUCGCACUAAACAUUUAUCGGGCAUCAUUGAUGAUAUUCAUCCGAAUGGUGCUGGCCGAUAUAAGCGGGAUGUUCGUGAGGCAACAAAAUAUAUUGAAACAGCAGUUAUUGUUGACAAAGCAAUGUUUGAAAAACGAAACGGCAGCUCCCGGUCUGAUGUCAUCCAUGAUGCCAUUCAGGUCGCGAAUAUUGCUGAUUUGUAUUUCCGCACUUUGAACACCCGAGUAUCAGUUGUAUAUAUUGAAACAUGGGGCAAGAAUCAAGCAGUCAUCGAUGGCAGCAAGGAUAUCAGUAAGGCAAUAUCGAAUUUCAAUGAUUACACAUCAAGGAAUCUUUUUCAAAUCGAAAGAGACACCACUCAACUACUAACGGGUGAGACAUUUGCUGGAGGCGAAGCAGGUAUGGCCGUGCCAGAGACUGUUUGUACACCGCGGGCGGUUGGCAUAAGUGUUGAUAUCAAUGUUUAUGAGCCACAUCUACUAGCUGGAACGAUGGCCCAUAUGAUAGGACACAAUAUUGGCAUGGGCCAUGAUGAUGGACGUGAAGAGUGCUUUUGCCGAGACUGGCAUGGUUGUAUUAUGGCACAGUCAAUUGUUGGACAAGAAAAUGUUCAGCCGUACAAAUUUUCAGAAUGCAGUAAAAAAGAUUACAUCGAUGCCUUAAGAACUGGACAUGGUCUUUGUUUGCUAAACAAACCAAAUGAAAUUGAAAUGCGGCGAAAUUGUGGCAAUAAAAUCGUUGAAGAGGAUGAAGAAUGUGAUUGUGGAACUUUCGAGGAAUGUGCAAUAGAUCCUUGCUGUGAUGGAAUAACCUGCAAAUUGAAAACAGAAGCCCAAUGUGCUACCGGAAUGUGUUGUGAUAAGUGUCGGCUCCGCCCAAAGGACUUCAUCUGUCGAGAUUCCAUUACCGAAUGUGAUCUGCCCGAAUAUUGUGAUGGCGACAAUGGCCAUUGUCCGGUCGAUGUCUACAAAAAGAACGGAUCACCAUGCGGCCAUACAAAAGCAGGAACAUCCGGUUAUUGCUUUCAAGGCGACUGUCCAACGUUAAGUCUGCAAUGUGAGGGCAUAUGGGGCUAUGGUGGUUCGGCGGCCGAUCGUCAAUGUUAUGAACAAUUUAAUUCGAAAGGAUCCAUAAAUGGUCAUUGUGGACGAGAUGCCAACGAACAUUAUAUUAAAUGUGACCCAGAAAACGUUCAGUGUGGCACGUUGCAAUGCAAGGAAGGCGAACGACAACCAAUUAACGAUGGCAUUGAUCAACUUUAUUCGCGGACCAUUAUAUCAAUUAAGGGAGUGGAAUACGAAUGCAAGGCAACAAGCGGUCAAGUGGGCUCUAAUGAAUAUCCAGAACAUGGUCUCGUUAAGGAUGGCACCCCAUGUGGAGAUAAUUUGAUUUGUGUGAAUCAAACGUGCGUUAGUCUAUUUCCACAUAUUGACCAGACCAAGUGUCCAGCCAACAAACAAGGACAAGAAUGCUCUGAUCAUGGGGUCUGCACGAACACGAAUCGAUGCUUCUGUGAUAUGGGUUGGGGAGGAAUGGAUUGCAGCUUGAUUGUGAUACUGACAACACCAAUGCCAACACAAGCCUUACCAACACCUGAAAAUACAAUUAAAAUGGAAAAGAAAGAAACGCCAUAUGAGAACUACCACGGCUCAAAUACAGUGUUCUUAGUUGGUGUACUAAUGUCAGUUGUUGGGUUCGUUUUUGUAACAUUCACCUUGAUGGCACUGUGCUACAGGUCAGUUGUAGUACAUAGAAACUUCUCCCUGUGUCUGAGGAGGAAGACUACCACAUUGAAGUAUGAUCCGCCAUAUUCGAAAAAGCCAAUUGUCAAGCCCUACCAAACGGCAGGCAAUGCAGCCAAUCAUCAUUCGGUGGAAGAGGUUUCAUUGGAUGGAUCCAGCAAGUUGAUGUAUCAAAAUCAAACCGGAUUUAGAGAUCACAAGACUCCCCAGGUCAGACGUUUGACUGGAAGCAGCGAAGAAGAUCAAGCUCAUUCAGAAAAAGGCAUACUGAAAAAGCACGGCUACGGACUGGUUCUUGGUGACCAAGCCAACAAAUGGGAAGACGGUCAAUCAGACAAUCUGGAAUUAAUUGCUCAACAAGAUGGCACAUUAGCAGCAGCAGCGGCAUCUGGCGCAGCAGUGUCCGAAGUUGAGCGCACUCUAAAAAGCCUUAAUGGCUACCACGAAGACAUCUUGGAAGCUCUACGAAAUGCAGCUUCACAUCGUGGUACUGGCGCUGGGAACACUCCCGUAGGUAGUGGUAGUCUCAGCGAAGAAAUGCUGCGCAAAACACUCCAAGAGUGCUCAACGUCACAGCUCAGCUAUGGCGAAUACAAACGCAGCAGCUCAAAGUCCGGUUCCAAAGAGAACAUCUGCGACAUUAAUCAACCACAUACGGUGCUGGUGGAAGGUCCUCAGACCGGUGCGAUAUUGCACCAUCACAGAUCGCAGCACCAUCUGCCUGAGGAAGAUGAUGCCCCAGCGACCGGGCCGCUGCGAAUAAGAAACCUAGAAGAUCUAAUUCGACAAUUAGAGCAUCAUUCGGUUAGGCAUAUGAGCCCUAGUGGCUCCGAGGACAAUCGAAUGUCCGAAACGGAAGCCGACCGCCAUUAUAGAUUAGAUAGUUCCGCUGCUUGUAGUGAAUCCUCGCAAGGCUCCAACCAACAAUUAGCCCAAUCACAAAAAACAGCGACCAUCCAUCCGUCUUACAGCAGAAGCUGUCGCCCGCGCUCCGACGAGGAGAAUCGCUUUUAUGGAAGGUAUAGGCAUCCAACAACUAGUAGACAUCCUCAUCAAUCACACUCACCUCAUGCUUUUGGCCAUCAUGCGCAUCAUUCUCAUGCCCAUGGCCAUGCCACACAUGGCCCACAUUCAUCACAUCACUCGUCGCAUACGCAUCUGCAUCAAGAUGAUGAGGGCAUCUACGAGAGUGCCGAUCAUCAUGAUAGGACCGUAGAUGCCCGGAUUGAUCGUGAAACUCCCGAUAGUGAGAGUGAUGACUUUAUUCAAGCUCAACAACAGUUAGCCCGGUGGGCGAGUGAGGAUGUAGUAUCCGUCGUGGUAUUGGACCAUCAACAAGGCACAAUGUCGGAUUCCCAACAACCCGGCGUCGGACAAUUGUCAACGGCCUCAACGAGUUCCGUUAUCCACCACCACGGCGAACCAUCAUCAAUGGGGGUAGCCAAUGGCUUAAGUGUAAGUCAGAGGGACUUCUACCCCUCACCACCAUCGACCGAAACGGAGAGCAGCGGCAGUGUUAUUCAGCCACAAUUGAGGCGCGCCCACAUAGAAUCAAAUCAAAUAGGAGACGGACAAUUAAUGGAGAAUGGACGCUAUCCUGAAUACAAACACUGAUAAUAACUGUUUGGGGUCAAUAUAUCCGCCCCCUAUUCGUGAUUUAACUUAGAUAUAUUUAUUUAUUUUAAAUUAAAACCAAAAACAGAAAAAAUAAAAAAACAAAAAACAGAUUAACAACAACAACAAAAAUAAACAUAACAAAACACUAUUAAACAUACAGUUUUCUAAAAUUAAAAAAAAAUACAUAUACACACAUAUAAAAUUAUAUUGCAAAUGAAGAGGAAAAAUUAAAAACAGAAAAAAAAAUUAUGAAACAAAAAUAAAAAAAAAAAACAGAAAAUGCAAUUUAGUUUUAAGGUUAGGCAAAUAAAAUUUAAAACCUAGAUAAUAUACUUAAUUGCACAACACAGUUAAUGUUUAUAAAUAUUAAAAUUUAAACAGAAAAGGCUAUAGAUAUAUUCAAAUAACAAAACAAAACAAAAAAAAACAACAUGUAAAUGUAUAGAACUAAUUCAAAAUUAGCGAUUAAUUAAAUAAAACACCAGAAGAGUUUUAUUCUAUGGAUGAAAAAAAAAAAAAAACAUAAAAUUAAAUUAAAAAUUAAAAUUAACACAAGCCAUA